CGGUGAUGCAAGCAUUCACUGACGAGCUGCAUGCACGUGUGUGUGUCUGUAUCCAUCCAUCGGCCGACCAAUAAAACGCACAAACAUCAUCAUCCCCGAUGUCACAUCCAUCACACGGCACUCUACCUACCUACCUACCUCCCUACCUGGGUGGCUGUCUUCCAUUCACUCACUCACUCACUCACGAAAUCACCGGUAAGUGCACGUCAACUUGUCCGCUCUACAGUGCGUUUCUGAGCACCACCACUAUUCGCCAUCAUCGUUCCAUUCUUGACAAUCCUGCCCGUGACAUACGUCUCCACGCUGCCGGUUGCCGUCCGCAGCCGCAGCGACCCGUCGGCAUUGAGCCCCUCCAGCACCCCCUCACGCACAUCACCAUCCAUGUCGAUAGCUAUCGGCUGCCCACGGUAGGCCAGGCGGGCAUUCAGCAUCGGCAGGAAGGGCGCGAACCCCUCGGCCAUGAGCUGCGUGAUGGCCCCGCACACCCGGUGCUGCAGCUGCUGCACGAUGUCCUCGGCCGUCACGGGCGGCUGGCCGCUGCUGGCGCGGUACCGGUUGACCGACGUCACACGCUGGUCCCUCACGUGUGUGGCGUAGUCGCUGUCCGCAUCCCCCCUGUCGUUGACAUUGAUGCCGAUCCCCACAAGAAGAGAAGAAUAAGUCUCCCCCGCGUCUUGGAUUGUCAGUCCCGGUGCGUUGCAGAGCACGCCGCAGACCUUGUGGCCGUCCAGCAGCACGUCAUUGACCCACUUGACCUGGCUGGGGAUGCCGAAUGUGUCCAGUGUGUGCGCCACGGCGAGAGUGGUCACCUGCGGCACGUGGAAGAGCAGAUGCCGCUUCUCAGAAGGCCAUGCAGCCACGAAGGUCGCGUGCACGUUGCCGCCGGGCGAGUACCACCGCCUGUUGUCCCGCAGUCGGAUGUCGUAUGUGCCGAUGCCGUCGGUCUGGUUGGCGGCGCUCACCAGCACCCACUGCGAUGGACUCAGUCCUUCUUCCAGCAGCCUGUCGAAGCGCUCCUGCGCCCACCGUUGUGUCGACGGCAGGCUUUCGAAGUGCAGCCGCUUCAGAGAUGACGGCCCGCCGGACCCGGUGUGAGAGUGGCGGAGAGGGACGGUCUCGAUGCACGGGAGCGACUGCAUUGCGAUGGAUCUUGAGUGCAGGGGGAAGGGGGGGUGAUGGGAUGAAUCAGCGGUCGAUGGGGAUGCGAUGAUGGAUGGAAGGAAGCUGAUGAGGCAGCUGUAGCGGUAGGCCAACGUCACGAGGCUGGCACGAUGAUAGAAAGCAGCAAAAUGGACAGAAGAUAAUAUGCUCGAGGACGAGCCGAGCGUCAGCAUCAGCAUCAGCUUGAG